AUGACGUCCGUCCAGUGCAUUGCGCAUCGGCUCGACAACCUUCCGCUGGGCGGCUGUCUCGGCAUCUCGGGCUACUACUGGGGCCUCCUCGGGAAGACGGGCCUUGGCUGGGCGAUGGACUCGAUGGACACGUUCCUCUUCACGUACCUCGGCGCGAAAGGCUGGCAGCUCGACGUGCGCAACAGCGACGGCUCGGCGCUCUCGGGGCACCAAAUUGGGCUCCUCGGGUCGGCGGCCUUUGCCGGCUCGUUUGUCGGCGCCAUCGCCUUUGGCAUGCUCGCCGACGUGUACGGGCGGAAGCCCAUGUUCAUGCUCACGAUGCUCAUCUUCAUGGUGUCGAUGGUGAUCUGCGGCGCCGCGACGAGCUACGGGCUCCUCCUCGCGUGUCGCUUCGUUGGUGGCAUUGGCCUCGGCGGCGAGCUUCCGGUGGCGUCGACGCUCGUGCAGGAGCUCGCGCCGGCGCCCGUCCGCGGCCGCAUGGUCGUGCUGCUCGAAUCGUUCUGGUCCAUUGGGUGCAUGCUGGCC